AUGAGCAGUGAUUCAUUCAUGAUUUUCUAUAUUCCCUUGACUAUUAUUCUAUCAUCUUUGUUGUUUGGAUGUGGUGGAAAAAAGAAGGGAUCGGGCACAAAAGUUGAAGGCAAAUCUGCGAAAUCCGCGCCGCCACCUCCGCAACCCGCAGCUCCACCGGCGGCUGCAGCACCAGCUGAAGAGAAAAAGGAUGAAGCUGCUGGAAAAACGAAAGAAGAGGAGAAAAAAGAAGAGGCAAAACCGAAAGAGGAAGAAAAACCGAAGGAUGAAGCUGGAAAGGAUGAGAAAAAGGAUGAAAAGAAAGGUAAGUGAGGGAUUUAAAGAGAAAGAUCAUAAAAACAAUAGAAACAUUUAGAUUCUAAACAAGACGAUAAAAAAUCAUCGAAAAAAAGCGAUGAAAAGAAAGACGAGAAAAAGGAUGCACCAAAUGGAAAAGAGGAAAUCAAACCCAAGCAAAUCACCAAAAACGCCAAAGAAGAGAAAAUUGCGAAAGGUGAAAAACGAAACAAGGGAGAUUAUCCAACUUUUAAUGAUGUUGAAAGUGAUUGGGAUUCUGCAAAAGAAAAGAAAAAGAAGGAAGGAGGAGGAACUGAAGGAGAGAAGAAGGAUGAAACGAAAAAAGAGGAUGUGAAGAAGGAUGAGGAAAAGAAAGAAGAAAAGAAAGAGGAGGACAAAAAGGAUGUAAAGAAGGAAGAUGAGAAGAAAGAAGAUAAAAAAGAAGAGGAAAAGAAGGAAGAGAAAAAGGAUGAAGAGAAAAAAAGAGGGAGAAAAGAAGGAGGAUAA